CCAAUCAGAAAAUCUAGGGAGCUUGGGCUCCAAAUGGAACUCGGCCUUAGCACCGUGCCUUGAGGUUCUGACUGCUUCUGCUGUCUGCUCAAGCGGCUCCAUAUCAACGUUAGGGGCCAACUUCGUGCGCGGCUGAAGAGGACCUAUGUUUGCUUCUGGGCGGCCGCUGCUGCACGGAAGCAGCAGCGGCGGCAUCAUCUGCGCGACUCCUUGCGCCUCCGGGCCAAAGCGGUCUUUUCCAGCCGCGAGCAGCGCCAGCGCAGGACCCUACAGCUGCCCAUUACGGCAUGCGACAUCGUCUCGUUUAUUAGAUGGUGGCUGCUGGACGCCACGCAGCGCGGCAGGAGCGAACAGCCCGUCCGCGGUGGAGAGCAAUGCGUCCACGCUUGCGGGCACCGCGCUUCUAACAGCGCAAGGCCUGGUAAAUAGCUAUAAUGGCGCCAGUAGACCCACUCAUGUUAUAGAUUUGCCUGGAUCUGCGACCGCGACCGGUCACAGGGACCAGGCAGAGCCCUUCUUGAGCUGGGAGCACACGGACCCGCAGGAGCUCGCCCACACCCUCGACGUGCGCGUGCCCAGCGCAGCGUCCGCCUCCACCUCGCUAGCACCACCCGACGAUUCGGUCAACGGCGUCAGCCCCAGCCACACCGCCGAACCCGCUCUGGCGCACCAGCAGCAGCAGCAGCAGCACACCGUGUCGGUAGCAGGCGGGGCUGCAACAGCAGCGGCGUCGUCCCGAUCCGCUGAGGCGGGAUCGCUCGGAUCAGCCCACGCCGCUGCCUCGCAGGCGGCAGCAGUCAAUGGUGGGUGGACUCCAGAGGACGCGCCGCGGCCGCUGCCAGCCGACAGCGACGCGCCACAGCCGGAGGCAUCCACCUCCGCGCCGGCCGAAGCCACCACGCGGCAGCGGAGGAAAGGUGCCACAGGGCGCCGCGCAGGCUCUGCCGCCGCCGCCGCCGCCUCGUUAUCAUCCACAGACGCAGUAGCGGAUGCUGCGGCUGGCGUGGGUGGCGGAUCAAACGGGGCAGAGGCGGCUGUAGCAGCGGCAACUGUGGUACGACGCGGACGGGGGCGGCCUCGCUCCACCACAGCGCCCACCACACCUCCUGAAGCGCUGGGCUCGGCGCAGCAGGACCAGCCGCCAGCAGAAGCAGAAGCAAUAGACGCCGAGGACGUUGACGGAUCGGGUUCUCAAUCCGCUUUGCAGCGGACACGACAGCUCGAGCCAAACCAGUCCCAGCUGCAGCCACAGCAACAACAGCAACAGGCGCGGCGAGGGCCGCCGCCGCGGCCGCGGCUCAAACCGCCGCCGCCGCCUCAGUCCUGGCCCGACUACCCCUACACCCGCCGCGCUGCGGCCUCCGCCGUCACGCCUGGCGACGAGGCGGCCGCCAAGCUGGAAGCGCUGUUUCAGUGUGUGCUGCAUGCGCCGCGGCUGCCGGCGCGGCUGCUGCGCUUCCUGCGGCGGUCGGUGCCGGGCGGCCCGGCGGCGGCGCUGCCACUGGUUACGGAGUCGGUGGAGGGGCUGAGCGACGUGCUGGGGCGCGAGAUGGCGAUGUACCUGAUCCGGCGGCGGCCCUGGGUGGUGACGGUGCCGGCGGCGUCCAUCGUGCCGCGCAUGGAGGUUGUGCGGCGGCUGCUGGGCCUGGCGCCGCCGGGCGUGCUGGACCUGCUGCGCAAAAACCCCAACCUGCUGCGGCUGGAGCCUGCCGUACUGCGAGGCCGCUACGAGGCGCUGCACCGCUCCACCGGCUUUGACGCGGCGCAGGUCCGGGCGCUGGUGCACAAGUACCCGCUCAUCCUCAACUUCCACCCCGAAAGCGUGGAGAGCGCGGCGCUGGCGCUGCGGCGGCUGUGCUCGGCGCGGCCAUCCUGGGCGGCCAACCACUCGGUGCUGUCGCCCAGCCAGUUCGCGGCGUUCCUGCGAGACCGCGUGCAGGUGCUGCUGCGUCUGGAGUACCUGCUGCUGACGGGCGGUGGCGGCGGCUGCACCCUGCGCGACAUCAUCAAGACCAGCAACAACAGCUUCAAACGGACACACAGCGGCUUCCGCAACUGGAUGUUCGAGCGGCUCCAGCGGCUGCGAGAGCGGCUGGCGCGCGCCCGCGCCGCCGCCGCCGCGGAGGGCCGCCUCAUGUCUGCUGAGGCGGCGGCCGAGGUGGAGGAGGCGGCCACGCGCGAGUAUGAGCAGGAGGAGACGGCGCGGCUGGUGCGGGAGCUGAGCCAGCGGCGGCAGGAGCAGCGGGCGGAGCUGGUGCGGCGCGAUGCGCAGAGCCGGGCCACAAUCGAGGAGCGGAUCCGGCAGGAGCGGUGGGCGCAGGCGCAGGCCGCCGGGCAAGAGCUGGGGUCGGAGCUGGGGGCAGUGGGAGGUAGUGAUGGGGAUGACGAUGACGAGGAGGAUGAGGCGGAGGCGGGGCAGCGGCGGCGCGGGCGUGCGGGCGACUACUGGGCGGGUGACGGCGAGGACGAGGCUGAGGCGGAGCGGCGGCGGCAGCAGCAGUACCGGGAGCAGCAGGCGGUGCUGCGGCAGCGCUACCAGCAGCAGCAGUACAUGCAGCAGCGGGCAGGCGGGGGGCCCUACGGCGCCCGGCCGCGCGGCGACGGCAGCGGCGACUACCUCGCUGCGGUCACGCCCGGCCGCCACGCCUGGAGCAGACCCGGAGCCAAGGUGCCUGAGGCUCAGCCGCCGCGGCAGCGGCAGUACCCGGGCGGCGCCGGCGGAGGCCGGUACCCGCAGGGCCCGGGCGCCUGGGACCCGCAGUCGCCGCGCGGCCAGCCCCGUCCUGACGGCGGCCGGUGGUGAAGCCGGCGACCGGGCGUCAGGUCCGCGCGCUUUAAUUUGAUCCGUUGGCGGCUGCGGCGCCGCGCGGCGGGCGCCUAUGCAACAGCGCCGCCGGCUAGUAGGCUAGAGAGAGGGGAUGUAUGAUAUACUAGGAAGAAGGGGGAGGAAAUGCAGCAGCGUUUGGAUGCAGCUUCGGGCAGGCUUUCGUGCAUGUCAGGAGCCAGCAAGAGUAUUGCAGGAUUGGGUAUAGCUGUUUCCUGUUAGCUAGCCAUAUACGUAGGCCGGGUGUGCCCAAUGCUGGCUCUCUAUGAUCGACAUUGGCACCAGCGCAGAUACUCUCGGUUUUUUACGGGCGAGAGCCUGUGUGCACAUGGAGUGUGUGCGUGUGCCGGUUUCGUUUCAUGUUCAUGGGUGCACAGGGUUGAGCGCUUCGCAUUUGGUCACAGAAGCGAAAUUCCUCUCGAGGUCUGUGUGCGUAUAAGGGCGGAGCGGUGUGCGCUAGCGAGUGCCAAGGCACGCACGGAGUGCGAGGCAACGCGCUUCAGCGUGGUUCAGCCUUGACAUGCAACGGUGUGGUCCGCUGCAAUAAAGCAAACGGCUCGUCGCGCGGGAUUUGCCAUUGGUGUUCGAGGCAGGCAGAAGCGGCCGGUCCGCGCUCGUGCACAGCACAGGUGUAACGCACCUCCCUUGGUCGGCU